AUGGAUCUAGAGAGUGGGACGUCCAGCUUAGGAGUGGGAACCUUCAUUGUGCCAAUGACGAAAAAGAGAAUUAAAUAUGGGUGAUGUUGAGAAAGACAAGAUUUUUGCUCAGAAGUGUGCCCAGUGGCACACCAUGGAAAACAGAGGCAAGCACAAGACUGGGGCUAAUCUCCAUGCUCUCUUUGGGCAGAGGACAGGUCAGGCUAUUGGAUUCUCUUACACAGAUGCCAAUAAGGACAAAGGCAUCACCUGGGGAGAGGAUACCCUGAUGGAGUAUUUGGAGAAUCCCAAGAAGUACAUCCCCGGAACAAAAAUGAUCUUUGCUGGCAUUAAGAAGAAGGCAGAAAGGGCAGACUUAAUAGCUUAUCUCAAAAAAGCUACUAAUGAAUAGUAAUUGGCCACUGCCUUAUUUAUUACAAAACAGAAAUGUCUCAUGACUUUUUUAUGUGUACCAUACUUUAAUAAAU